AUGCGGUUUUGUAAGUGGAUCACGAAAGCCUACGUGCUAAUUCUACACUUCCUUAUCGUCAAUGGAAAACCGAUAUUUGUUCCUUGUCCAACGCUCACUUCUCCCGGAUUUCUUUUUGCUCUGACACCCGAUUGUCAAUUGAUCACCGCUCCAAGCAACAAAGCCGAACAAUUUCAACAAAAAACAAAAGAUGUCUCAGCAACAGGCCCUUGUGAAGUGUCUCCAUCAACUGGCCUUCAACAUCCGAUCGUAAUGGUUUCUUCGCUGAAGUUGUUACAAGAGGAUGAACUGCCCGAUAUUCGAAUUCUUUAUCAGUCAAACAAAGAACGAAGAAUUGUGCGAAUUCCUUCCUCAACAUGGUCGUUUGAUGAUAUCCAAAAACUGUCUUUGGAUUCAUUAGCGAUAAAAUUACAAUUGCCUGAUGAAUUUAAGGAAAAUUACGCUACUUGUUCAAUGUUGGGUGAUGAUUCUAUGAGAUGCUACCGGAUAAGUUCAAAUACCCUUACUGAAGUCAAUUUGAUCUACAAUGAAUUCGCCGUCAAUGAAAAGAAACAAUCAACCAGUAUUGAAGAUCAUAGAAUUGUCUUGCCCGCUUCUUCACUUGCCACGAAUGUCCCGGUUUCUUCUUUUACAAAUGAAAAUGGAGAUGUUGAUCUUCUUGUAACUCACGUUAUGAAAUAUUUGUGGCGUGUUAGUGGCAUCGAUCCAAAUCCUCAUACAUUUUCGAUGAUUCAUGUUCCAACAAAGAUAACUCCAGCUUCAUUGCCUCAUUUUUCCCUUCCACUCAUCGCUUCACCUCUUGGGGUUUCAUCGGCUGUUUGCGAAAAUCGGAAAUCUUCAGAUCCGCCCGAUUGUGUCCAUUAUUUUACCGAUAUGGGAUCUUAUUCACAAUGUUUGGUCAAGACUUCAUUCAAAAUAUUGGUCGGUUUGAUUCCCGGCGUGAAAAAUGAGCCUCGUCCUCAACGAAGAGCGCUAAAAGACUCAAAAUCGGAAGCAUCAACCGUACAUACAGUAGAAGCAAACGGUGAAGCUCAUAUGAAUCAGAGUGUGAUUAUUGAACCUGAAAACCCACGCGAGUUUAAGACCGACAUCAGAGUUCUACAAGCACAGCCGACCAAUCCAUGGGCUAUUGCUAUUGUGGCUGUUAUUUUUGUUGUCAUUUUGAUCUUGAUAUUACUUUUCCUCAUUUGCUUGUUGUGUUUCAUUCACCGACACUUCCGGGAGAAAAUGGUCGAGAAGGAAAAAGUGCACAAGGAAUUCUCGCGUGUUUCUGUCCAUAAUGCUGCCACAAAAACGGACAUUGAACAGUUGAUGCAAGCAGUGAAUGCGGCGAAAGAAAUGAAUGAGAAGGCUUUGCACCGAUGUUCACAACAGCAGCCAGUGCAGAAUGAGUGGAUGCUUCCUCAGAAGAAAUUGGAGCUUGCUGAAUUGAAGAAGGAAGCUCAAUCAAAAGUUUUGACAUUGGAGACCCCGGGUGAUAGAAAUGAAAAGAAACCAGAGAAAGAAAAACCAGGAAAGAUUAAAGUUCAUGUAACUCUCAAAGAAGAUUCAGAAUCUGCAACAAGAACUUUUGAUAAGUCAACGCCGCCCGAUGAUGCACAAAACAGUUCUAAGACUACAUGGACUUCGACAGUUUCGACUCAACAAAAACCAACAGAACCACAAUUCACCUCAUCCACCUAUCAAGAAUCGUCAACAAAAUAUCUAACGGAAACUCUGUAUCAGAAACAACCAAAUGUUCGUCAAAUAGAUCACGUGUGUGUUCAAAAGCCAUUCUUUGGAAGGGUGCGAGGUGACGUGAGCGUCAACGAUGGACAGAAAAAGAAAUUCGUUCUGGGACCAAGGAAA